AAUACAGGAAGUGUCUCCUCUUCUGGCGGAAGUGAAAGCAACACACAGCUAUGGCAGCGACCUUGUACAGAGCAUGAUGUUCAUCAUUCAGUUUAAUUAACAUUAAAAUGCUCGUAUAUCGACCACACAAAGGGACCGUUUGGUGUUUGUAGUGUACUGUACAGCGUUAACACCAUGUUUUCCUUUAUCAAGGCGGCUGUCGGCGGAUUGACCGGUAUCUGUCGAGCCAACGGUCACCAGCAAGGUCUUUUACGCAGCCACUUGAAAGUCCUAGCUGCUGGCCUGAAGACGCAUGACAUCCCUCCAGACCACAGUGAUGUGGUGUUGCCAGGGAAACGCAAACUGAAGGUUGUGAAUAAGGUUCCUAACUUAAAAAAUCAUAAGAAAGAGAUGAAGAAGCUACGGGAUAUCCAAGGCCCAGCUGUGAAAGCAAAUACUUUCACUAAAGGACAGUACGCUAUUGUGGCCAUGGGAGGGGGCUACCUUCGAUGGGGUCACAUGGACAUGAUCCGUCUAUCCAUCAACCGCAAGAUGGAUACCCGGACUACAUUUGCCCGGUGGCGCAUCAAUAGCCCAUAUAAGCCUAUCACACGUAAAGGUCUAGGUCAGCGCAUGGGCGGGGGCAAGGGCAUCAUCGACCACUAUGUGACACCUGUUCGCUGCGGUCGUUUUAUUGUGGAAGUGGGAGGAAAAUUGGAGCUUGGGGAGAUUGAGCAUAUCUUGAUUAACGUGGCAAAGAAGCUACCCUUCCCUGCCAAGGUAGUGAGCAGAGAGAGCCUAGCAGCCCUGCAGCAGAAGCAGGUUGAUAUGGAGCAGAACAAUCAGAAUCCUUGGACCUUCAAGGAGAUAGCGAAGGGCAACAUGCUGGGUAUCAGAAAAGUGCUCAGCCCCUCAGACCUGCGCAACAACGGACACUACACAGGCAAAUUCUUCUCCCCGGGGAGGGUGUAACAGACCUGAGGGAUCGAAAUGGCUGCAGUGUCUGGAAUUCUGUUACACCAUCCAGACCACACCAUGGAAGAAUCAACCAAAAAUAUUCAGUCAUAUUUGGGAAUCUUGUUUCAUUUUUGUUUUUUUAGAAAAAUGUAUUUCGAUAUUUCUCUCAUUUCCUGCUUUAAAAUAUAAAUACAGUAGAUUAUGUACUCACAUGGUGGUGCAAAUAUUGUGACAAUAUUGAAUUUGAAGGUCUUUCUGUCUAAUCAGCUGUAAAAGAGAAGUGAAAUUUAAUCUUUACAGAUAUUCUUUUGGAAUAAAUAAAAACACAAAACAGUUGAUUGCAUAA